AACACCAAUUUAUUCACCAGAAGAAAAGGCUCUCCGGGGCUCUCCGGGCUCUCCGGGGCUCUCCGGGGCCUCCGGGGCCUCCGGGGCUCUCCGGGGCUCUCCGGGCUCUCCGGGGCUCUCCGGGCUCUCCGGGCUCUCCGGGGCUCUCCGGGGCUCUCCGGGGCUCUCCGGGGCUCUCCGGGCUCUCCGGGCUCUCCGGGGCUCUCCGGGGCUCUCCGGGGCUCUCCGGGCUCUCCGGGGCCUCCGGGGCUCUCCGGGGCUCUCCGGGCUCUCCGGGGCUCCCCGGGGCCUCCGGGGCCUCCUGCAACUUUUAGACGUAUCUCUACUUCAACACACCUGAGUCCAAUAAUGAGGUCAUUAGCAGAACCGGACUGCAUUUAGGAGCUGAUUCAGGUGUGUUGGACCAGGGAGACGUCCAAGAGUUGCAGGACAGCGGCUCCAGAGGACCCGGGGUCUCCACCCUGCUAUAGAUUAAUUAUGUCAAUUUAUUUCUUCAUUUUUAUGAUUUUCUACUUCCAGUUGUUAAAAAAACAUUUAAAAUUCGAAUAUUACAUCAAUAAAGCAUUUCAAAACACUCA